UCAUAAAUAAAAUAAGCCAUCAUAAAAUUUUGAGGCACUGAUCGAAACCAUAUAACACUUUGAGAACCCCGUUUAAGGGAUAUAAACGUUUUAAAUAUUGGCAAUAUUAUAACCUAACAUUUUUGUUACAGUUCAGUUCAAACUUAAACAUACAUAAAUUUCAAAUUUUGAAUAAAUAUGGCAAAUAUUCUACUUGAAGGUUUUCCGGGAGUUGGAAAGACUACACUAGUUAAAAAAGUAAUCGACAAUUUGAAAGUAAAUGGAAUAGAUUGUGACGGUUUUUAUACAGAAGAAGUGCGCUCGGGCAGAACUCGUGUUGGAUUUGACAUAGUUACUUUAAACGGUCAACGGACUUCUCUAGCCAGGAAAAGCAUAAAUGAAAAUUUGACAAAAAAUCUUCCCCAAGUUGGUCAAUACUCAGUCUUAUUAAAUGAGUUUGAAUGUUUAGCAUUGCCUGUUUUAGAAUCUGACAAAUCAGUUUUAAUAAUUGACGAGAUUGGGAAAAUGGAAUUGCACAGCAGAAAAUUUGAAGAAGCUGUAAGAAAGGCGAUUUUAAAAAAAAAUAUAGUUCUUGCAACUGUUCCAGUCAAAUGUAAUCUACAUUUAAUUAAACAGUUAAAAGGCAAUUCAAGAAACCAUUUAAUAAUGGUUAAUGAAGCCAACAGAAAUUCUUUGACAAAAGAGAUAUCUGACCUUAUUGUAAAAGAAUAUAAUAAAAUAACCACAAAAUAAAUAAUAUAAAAAUAAUAUUUAUUAAAAAAAUUAUAAUUAAAUAC